AUGAGCAGGAGUCUCUUAUCGAGGGUAUUCCCCUCGAGUACCUCUGCUGACAGCAGUGCUUCGGAGUAUGUACCUGUCGAGAACGACGGGUUAUUGGCAAACACGGAUGAGGCAGAUACGCAGCGACAAAAUCGGUUUGAGGAGGAGGAAGACGAGGAAGAUGAUACUACGCUAAAGAAGCCUUUUUCAUGGCACGAUUAUACAGUUUUUUUGCUUCUAGGGGUCGCGAUGUUAUGGGCGUGGAACAUGUUCCUCGCGGCAGCACCUUAUUUCCAUCGUCGAUUCCAAGAAAGUCAAUGGGCCGUAGAACAUUAUGAGUCGUCCAUAUUAUCAGUCUCGACCAUAACGAAUUUACUAUGUGUUCUUGUUCUUGCGAAACUACAACAAAACGCCUCUUAUCCUCUACGAAUCGCCGCAUCACUAGUUAUUUUGACGGUUGUUUUCACCUUCCUAGCCAUGUCCACCGUCCUUUUCAGCGCCCUGCCCGUUGGCAUUCAUUUUGUUUUCAUUAUGACAAUGGUCCUUGGAGCAAGUUUUGCAACAGGCAUGAAUCAGAAUGGUGUCUUUGCAUUUGUUUCUGGUUUUGGGCGUCCUGAAUAUACUCAGGCUAUUAUGGCUGGGCAAGGAAUCGCUGGCGUUCUUCCCUGCAUUGUCCAGAUUAUGACCAACUUAUCCGUUUCGCGGAAAGACGAAGGCCACGAUGACAAUCAUCACGGUAGUGGUGAUAGCGAUGGAUACUAUAGAUCUGCCCUUGCAUAUUUCUCAGUUGCCGUUCUGAUCACUAUCAUUGCGUUACUGGCUUUUAUAUGGCUCAUGAACCGCACCGCCGGAUCGCGCUGGUUCAUGAGAGAGAUACGAGUUUUCCGGCGGGUCACUAGUAAUACUGCACCAACAGCAGCUACUACCACUGAUACUGAUUCUCCAUCAGUCCUUGACAAGAGCGUCGGGCUUUGGAAGCUCUUCCUCAGACUGAAAUGGCUUGCUCUUGCAGUCUACACCUGUUUCGCUGUGACCAUGGUAUACCCCGUGUUCACAUCCAAAAUCACCUCUGUUCACUAUCAAGAUUCCAUAACAACUGCUACAACUGCUACGACUCGGUCUCGCGUUUUCGAACCCGAGGUGUUCAUUCCUCUCGCCUUCUUAUUCUGGAAUCUGGGUGACUUGGUUGGACGCCUGUCACCCAUUGUACCAUCCCUAGCUCGCUCAGCCAGCUAUCCGCGCGCGAUCUUUGCAUUAUCUCUCGGCCGGAUACUCUUCAUCCCACUUUAUAUGGCCUGCAAUAUUCACGGUGGUGGUGGCGAGCCUGCUAUAAAUAGUGACUUUUUCUACCUGUUCAUUAUCCAACUGGGCUUCGGCUUGACGAAUGGCUUCCUAGGCAGUGUUUGUAUGAUGGGUGCGGGCCAAUACGUUACGGCCGACGAGCGUGAGGUUGCAGGUGGGUUUAUGAGUAUGAUGCUGGUUGCUGGGUUGGCGACUGGUAGUUUGUUGAGUUUCUUCUUUAGUGGGAUGUAA